CCCCCGAGGCCCCCCAGCGCUCCCACCACACCUACGCCCCAGCCCCGCCCGGCGGUCAAGGUCCGCGGUGGCCCGGCGGGCGCCAGCCGCGUCGCCCCCACCCCGCCCAGCCUUCACCUUGCCGGAAUUGGCUCACCGACGCGGGGUUGGGGGUUUGGAGCGGCUUUAUUUUUUUUAACAUUUUUCCAGCAGACCACAUCCCCGCCCCCCGCUCGCGGUCCCCCGCCCCCCGCACAUAUACCCUGCACACACACACACACACACACACACACACACACACACCCGGCGCGCACAGACAGACACGCUCCCUCCCUCCGGCGCGCUCUACCCCUCGCUCGCCAGCCCGCCCGCCGCGCACGCAGCCGGCCCCGGCUCCCCGCGCCCGGCGCCCCGCGCCCCGCCGCCGCCGAGCGAAGCCGGGCUGGGCUUGGAGCUGCUCAUGGAGAAAGUGCCGGGCGAGAUGGAGAUUGAGCGCAGGGAGCGGAGCGAGGAGCUGUCCGAGGCGGAGAGGAAGGCGGUGCAGGCUACGUGGGCCCGGCUCUAUGCCAACUGCGAGGACGUGGGGGUGGCCAUCCUGGUGAGGUUCUUCGUGAACUUCCCGUCCGCCAAGCAGUACUUCAGCCAGUUCAAGCACAUGACCGAGCCCCUGGAAAUGGAGCGGAGCCCCCAGCUGCGGAAACACGCCUGCCGGGUCAUGGGGGCCCUCAACACUGUCGUGGAGAACCUACAUGACCCCGAGAAGGUAUCCUCUGUGCUCGCCCUUGUGGGCAAAGCCCACGCCCUCAAGCAUAAGGUGGAGCCCGUGUACUUCAAGAUCCUCUCCGGGGUAAUUCUGGAAGUGAUCGCCGAGGAAUUUGCCAAUGACUUCCCACCAGAGACGCAGAGAGCCUGGGCCAAGCUGCGUGGCCUCAUCUACAGCCAUGUGACUGCUGCCUACAAGGAAGUGGGCUGGCCCUCCGGCCACGCUGCCCUCUUCGGGGCCAUAGGACCCCCCCCUCUCUCCUUCCCCCUCCCAGGCAGCACCCUGAGCCGAAGGCCGAGUUCUGAAGACCCUCCUUGGGUGCCAAGGAAGCUGGAGGAAUCCCUGACUCGUCUUCCCAGAAAGAGGCAGCCUCUGCUGUGGCCACGGUCCCCACCGGAGCCGCCAGGAGGUGGCGCUGGCUGCCUGGAUGCUGACCCCAGCUCAGUGGCCUGUGGGGAUGGGGUACCCUUCCUCCUCGAAGAGUUGGGCCCACCCUUCUUAGCUUUUCUACUCUCUGUCAGAGACCCAGCUGAGCAGCUGGCAGGAGUCCGGGGCAGGUCCGAGUCUCUCCGGGAAUAAACCAGCCCCGUUUCUGUCUGCCCGGCCAGCAUGCAGGUCCCGUGUCACCUAUCUAGAGCAUCACGCACACACAUCUACCAUAUAUACAGAUAUAUUCUAUAUACGAUCUAUAUAUAAAAUAUAUAUAUAUAUAUAUAUAUACAUACAUAUCUAUACUGUGUAUCUGCGGGGCCCAGGGGCCCAGAGGCACUUGGGAAGCUUGGGUUCUGCCCAUCUGCGUGCGGGGCAGGGAGGGGUCCUUGUCAUGCUUCUGGGCAGAGGACAGAGUGUUGUGGCAGAGAUGGGGGUCCCGUGUCGGAGAGAAUCUAGGCCUGUGGGCACGGUUGGGGUGACCCGAGGGCCUGGGUGGGCAGGGUUGGGGUGACCCAGCUUUGCCAGCCAAGUCCAGCCCAUUCUCUGACCAGCUCCCCACAUUCCUGCUUUCCACUUCUAGGUUAAAAAGAUUUGGCUUCCCCCGGCCCCCCCCCCCCCCCAAGGAUGUGGCUCCCUGACUUGCUCCAGCCCAUAUGGGCAAGGGCCAGCAGAGGGGCCAGCGUGUGGGACAGGAUGCCUGCCCUGGGGGAGGGGCCGUGGUAAAGAAGCCUCGAAUGCCAGCCCCAUCUGCCUUUGCUGCUUAGGAUCCCAGCAGAAGCAGGGGCUCUAUGCUACUGUCAGAGGUGACAGGCCAGAUGUCCCCAUCCCGGGGCUCUGGGGGCCUCGGGCCUCGGGCCUUCCCUCCCCACCUCCCCCCACCCUGGCUGCUGACUGGCAGUUGGUCCUGCCCACCCAUCUGGGUCAGAGAUGCGGGGGACCCCCCCCCAUGUGUGUCCCUUGGUCGUGUACCGUCCUCAAGGGUGUCUGGCUGCUGUGUGGCUGCUGUGCCUGUGUCCCCUCCCGUCCCUCCUCCUGCAGCCGUGCGUCAACUGCCUGCCCUUUUGUAGUUUCUGAUGUUUGUAACCAGUCCCAGCCGUGUCAUUAAACAGACUCGCUCUUCCCGCG